CAACUGCUAAACCCUCGUGAGGGAUCUCCUGGUAGCCAUCGCAGGGAGGCAGGAUACCGCAAUGGCCAAUCUGGCGCUGUUGAUAUUUCUGGUAGUCUUAUUGACUCAAGUGGUCUCUUGGGUCGGCAAGUCUGUUCUUCAGGAGUUGGCUUUCUCCCUCUACAGUCGAUUGUUCUUGACAUCAGCAGCUAAGAAGCAGAGAUCAUUACGGAAACAGGUGCUAGAUGAUAAAGCAGAGCUUGGGAGGACCUCGUCACAGGAUGAAUUCGCCAAAUGGGCCAAAAUCAAACGGAGAUUGGACAAGAGUCUGGCGGAUCUAGAAAAGUCCAACUCAACUCUAGCCUCUGCCCGGACUAAGUUUACGGUCCAGUUCUCUUCCCUCAUCUGGAUAUGCACGACAGGCGCUCAGUUGGUUCUCGUGUGGUGGUUUAGGAAACGACCAGUUUUCUGGCUGCCGAGGGGAUGGAUCCCGGGUCCGAUAGUAUGGCUGUUGAGCUUCCCAAGCGCUCCAUUGGGUGCCGUGUCAUCCGGUGCAUGGGCAGCGGUGUGCAAAAGAGUCUUUGCGACCGUCGAGGAGAUCGUCAAGGCUCUCAUGGCGCCAUCACCGGCCCCAGUUCCCAUGGCUAAUCAAGCUGGGCCACAAUCAUCACGGCCUACAGCUACAAUAGAGCCCAUAGAGCUGGAGCACGAGAAGGUUGAUUGAUAAUGAAUACAUGUGGAAACAAGU